UUCGGUGGCGUCGAGCAAGCCGCAGCUCGGGGAUGCGCGCUCUAGAUGCUUGGCGUGGUGUUGAGGUUGCGGCCCCACCAACCUCGGCUCGCGUCAACGUCAUAGCUCCAACGUCGCGCGAACAUCAUGCGAGCUGCAAUUCUGCAAGCCACCACCGACGCCGCAUAGUGGGCUUUCAAUCCACGACAAUGGCAUCGAAAACGCUAUCUACAGCUCCGCGGGUUGCGAGAGCGGGUGCUCGGCCACUUCAAUGCCUCCGAAAAGCGCCCGUCCACGCGCAGAGACGGGGCAUCGCUGCGUAUGGCUACGAACAGGCCAAAGCACUCACAUUCAAGGAGUACGGCGAUCCGCCUGCGGUACUUUCGCUGCACUCGCACUCCAUCUCGCCGCCCCACGGUGAUCUCAUGACACUGCGCUUCCUCGCCUCGCCUAUCAAUCCAGCAGACAUCAACCAAAUCCAGGGCGUGUACCCAUCCAAACCCACAUUCACGACCGCGCUGAGCACCCCGAACCCCAUUGCCGUCGCAGGGAAUGAGGGUGUCGCAGAGAUAAUCGCGCUGGGGUCGAAACCCAAAGAGGCGGGCUUCAAAAAGGGCGACUGGGUCAUCAUGAACGGGCCUGGCUUCGGGACAUGGCGGACACACGCAGCAGCGCGCGUGGAAGACGUCGUGAAGCUCGACGACGCGAUGCGUGAGGGGAUUUCGGCGGUGCAGGCCGGCACCGUCAGCAUCAACCCCUGCACCGCGUACCGUAUGCUGCGCGACUUUGUCGACCUCAAAGAAGGCGACUUCUUCAUCCAGAACGGCGCAAACUCUGGCGUAGGCCGCGCAGCGAUCCAGCUCGGGAAGCAGUGGGGGCUGAAAAGCAUCAACGUGAUUCGGGGGCGGGAUGACAAGGCGGCAGAAGAAAAGCUGAAGAACGAGCUCAGGGAGAUUGGCGCGGAUAUCGUCAUCACCGACGCCGAGCUGCAGGCCCAGGGGAUCCGCGACAUGGCCAAGGAGUGGACGAACGGCGGCCGCGUACCCAUCCGUCUCGCGCUCAACUGUGUCAACGGCAAGGCGGCCACCGCCAUGGCGAAGCUGCUCGCCUCCGAAGCACAUUUCGUCACAUAUGGCGCGAUGAGCAAGCAGCCGCUGACCAUCCCGGCCUCCAUGCUUAUCUUCAAGGAUAUCCACUUCCAUGGGUUCUGGGUGAGCCGGUGGGCGCAGCGGCAUCCCCAGGAGAAGAAGAAGACCGUGGCGGACGUGCUGGAAAUGACGAGGCGAGGGACGUUCAAGGAUACGCCAGUUGACAAGAUUGCAUGGGAGUGGGAGACGAAGGGUGAAGAACUGAUUGGGAAGGUGAAGGAUACGCUAGAGGGAUACCGGGAGGGGAAGGGGGUGUUCGUAUUUGGGAAGACGUGAUAGGGAUAUAGGAGUGUAUAGAAUGUUGAAGCA